AUGAAGUCCCCCGCCUUGGUCACACUGGGUGUCGCCCUCAUCGCGACGGCCUCAGCCGGCACGGUGCUCUGGGAUGGCCGGUUCAAUGACAUGAUCUCAAGCGCCGACCUCAACAACUGGUCCUGGAGCAAUCAAGUCGGUCCUUACCAGUACUACAUCCACGGGCCCUCCUCGGUGUCCUCCUACGUCAACCUGUCCCCCUCCUACAAGAACCCGGCCGACGGCGGCUCCAAGCAGGGCGCCAAGAUCACCCUCGACAAGACGUCCUUCUGGAACGGCCAGAACAUGCGCCGCACCGAGCUCAUCCCGCAGACCUCGGCGGCCAUCAACAAGGGCAAGGUGUUCUACCACUUCUCCCUCAUGCGCAAGGGCACGAACCCGCCCUCGAUCUACCGCGAGCACCAGAUCGCCUUCUUCGAGAGCCACUUCACCGAGCUCAAGGCCGGCUGGCUCUCGGGCGCCCCGGGCGUGAGCGACACCCUGCUGCGCUGGUGCAUCGGGGGCAGCACCAAGUGGAGCACCGAGUGGGCGGCCGACGUCUGGCACAACGUCGCGUACGAGAUUGACUUUUCUGCCAACACGGUCGGCUUCUGGCACAGCACCGGCAGUGAAGCGCUCGCGCAGGUCGUCGCGCCCCAGAGCGCGUCUGUGUCGAGCAACGGCGCCGACUGGCACGUGGGCGUGCUGGAGCUGCCGCGCGACGGGUACGCCGACGCGGACGAGGACCUGUACUGGUCGGGGGUGUACAUCGAGAGCGGCAGUAUCACGACUUGCGUCUCUGGCCCAGGAUGCCCUGGCGGUGGCAACUCGAGUGGUCCGGACCCGACAACCACCACUGCGCCCUCCCAGACUACGCUGGUGACUUCGACAAAACCUCCUCCAUCAACCCAGGCCACGACGUCUGUGGCGCCCACAACGUCAUCAACCCCCGGCGGCUGCACUGCAAGCCAUUGGGCUCAGUGCGGAGGCAAUGGGUUCAAGGGAUGUACGGUUUGCGAGGCGGGCUACACUUGCAAGUUUAGCAAUGAUUACUACAAGGAGGUGAGAACAAGGAGGCAUGCCGCCAAUUACUUCAACAUUGUCGAACAGGAAUUGGAGUGGUUGAUGCCCUUGGCGGACCGUGGAUGUGCGCCGUGCGAAUACCUAUUCACCAAGGGAAAUCACAACUUGAUGUGGAUGCCGGGCAUAGUCCUCAUAGGAUACAGGCAAAUCCUCCAGGUCUUUGUCAAAGAUCGCUCUCAGUACCCCGAAGAACUGCAUACAUACGUCGAAGAUGGAGACUACCCAACAGGGAAUACUGGCAGUGAACUCGCUCUGAGCAAAGUGAAGCCUUGGAUGGAGCGAUGUCGGAAUGAGCAUGCCGAGUGCCAGCAAGGACGGAGCAAUGGCAUGCCGACAAGAAUUCUCUUCAUCGAAGACCCUUUGAAGCCGAAAGUGCGCCUUGUCGAAAACCCACCCAUACAACCGUAUGCCUUCCUCAGCCAUCGAUGGAUGGAUGUCACCGAGGGCUCGAAGCUUCUCCGCGACAAUGGCUCGGAGUUUCAAGAGGAACCACCGGACUUAUUCUAUCCCUUAUUACGGAAUGCCGUGGAGGCAACAUACCGGCUUGGCUUUCAUGACGGGUCCUGCGGUUCCAAGGGACUUUUCUCAUCAAGUGUUGAUGACCGUGAUCAGACGACUACUGUAGUCGUCCCGGGCGGAGUCGAGGUCUCCUUUCGCGACGAAAUUUCACAUCCAAUCUCACCCAGUCCUGGAACACUAGAGCUCAUCACGAACCCUGAUAAAUACCCCUUGCAACAGCGUGGUUGGGUUUUCCAAGAGCGGAUGAUUUCGAGAAAUAUCGUCCACUUCACCGACAGAGAGCUGGUAUGGGAGUACCGGCGGGCAGUCUGGUGUGAAUGCCGCUCUCAAGAAACGCUGCUGGCGGAAGCGAAACGCCGCGAACCACCUUUGGGAACUGAAUCAGACUUGACAGCUAGGACGAGGGGCUCUGAGCGUCCGGCAGACAGGCGUGACCUCUCGAAUUGGAGGAGCAUUGUGGAGAACUAUACCCGGGCCAAGCUAUCCCGGGAGAGUGACAGGCUUCCCGCUCUUGCAGGCAUUGCUCAGCGGUUUGCAGAAGUACAAGGCUGGGAAACCUAUCUCGCAGGCUUGUUCCUCGACUCUGAGGGAUUCCAGGCCUUGUUGCUAGGGUCGGUGGUCCCAGGUGGUCAUGUAGCCAGGAGCCACCCCUGCGAGCUGCCAUCCUGGUCCUGGGCUUCUGUACCCGGUCCAGUCUCUGCUUCAGUCCCGCCCUUAGCUGGAAAGUGUAUUGUCCGUAUUGUCUCGCACCAGCUCACCCCGGGAUAUCACACUUUCGGUACUCCUCAGGAGGCGAGCCUUGUCCUCCAGGGUUUCUGCGGCUUGGGGGUUUUAUGCUACGAACCUGGCAGCAAUGAGCCGGGCUUAGUCGCCACCAGUCUACAAAUGAAGCUACGGCCAAUGUCCUUUGAAAUCUGUCCUGACUUCUUGGUCACGUUACCAGGCGAGCGUUAUAUUGAAGCUGGGUUUGAGCUGGUCGCUAUUAUCUUCACCGUCAACGUCAAGACCUAUCUGCCCGCGAUGGACGCCGUCAGCUUGGCGUCGAGCAUCCUCACCUUCAUCGACAUCUCGUACAAGGUGCUGCGCGGCGCCUACGAGGUGCACACCUCCGCCACCGGCAGCCUCAAGGAAUUCGCGCAGAUACGCACCGUGAUCGACGACCUCGAGCAGGCGACCCUGGAACUCAAGGCGCCGACUGGGGGCCAGGUCGAUCCCGUGCUGGCCCAGCUUGCGCUCAACUGCAAUGCCUUGUCGGGCGAACUGCUGGGCAAGUUGCGGAAGCUGGAGAGCAAGAGCCAUGGCUCGUGGAACAGCUUUGUGAUCGCCAUCGCUUCGAUGCGGAAGCAGAAGGAGAUCCUGGCCUUGGAGAAUCGCCUCAGUGAAUAUCGACAGGAGAUCCUGUUGCGGUUGGCGAUGCAUACCUUUAAAGAGCAUUCAGCGCUCAGGAAGAAGUUGGAAGACAUCUACCACUCCAGUCAGAAGCUGGCCAACAAACAUGCCGAGCAACUGCAAUUUGUACGCGGAGACAUACUCAAUGAGCUAAGCCGGUCCCUGGAGCGCUUAAGCAUCGAGCCCACGGACCGUCAAAGUCCCAGGCUCCGUCAGAAGGCUUCUCAAGAUACAUUAGCACCAGCAGUUGAAGAUGCGUCUACUCUCACAGAUCCCGAGGCAGAUCUUUCGUGCGAUCUUCGCACCUUGACCGAGCAAAUGCAGCGUCUGGAGUCGCUCAUGCAUUCUAUCCCGAAUGAGAACCACGUGCUGCGCAAGCUCUACUUCAAUUCAUUGUCGCAGCCCGAGGUCAUGCACCGCGACACUGUCUCAGACACCUACCAAUGGAUCCUUCAGGGACUGGAAGACGACAGCUCCAGCAGAGCCGUGCAGCGCAAAGAAAGCACGGAGACCCCUAGAAGGUCCAAGAGUCCGAUGCUGGAGUAUCAACUGGCAAGCCCGACUGAAUCUCUGGUCGAGAAACACAAGAGCCUGAUGGAGCUCAAGAAGGAAAGACUUGCAGUAAUCACACGAUCUGUUCCGGACGCUCCACGGUCAGCCUACCUUGACUCAAUGUUGGGAGAGGAGGAUGCUGCACUGUCAGACGACGAGCUGUCAGGGCGGCCGGAGGGCCUAUCAAUCAACGACGAUAACGUCGGGAACGCGCAGGACGAAGACCGAGAAGCAACCGAGUGUGGAGCACGCCAUCAAGCAGCCGAAGCGCUCAACCGCUUCUUGACGCAGAGCCAUGGCACAUUAUUCAUCCAUGGCAAGCCUGGCUGCGGCAAGUCCACUUUGAUGAAAUUCCUCGGUAGGAACCCCAUAGUCGAGCACACAUUGCACGAAUGGGCGUCCGGGCGAAGAGUAAUCAUUGUGAGAGCGUAUGUCUGGCGGUCCGACGAUGUUUUGCUCAGAUCGCUGCCUGGAUUUCAUCGCUCUAUUCUCUACCAGAUCCUCAGCCAGUGUCCUGACCUGACCGCCCAGGUCUUUGGGAACUUUGGCCCGGCGGAGCUGCCAGAGGCGGAAGAGAUUCAGCUGCCGCAACUGGCGGCUGCUUUCGAAAGACUAGUCAGCCUUUGUAGUGCAGACGAGAGUCGAGCAUUCUGCUUGUUCAUCGACGGCCUCGACGAGCUCACGAACCACCUGGGCCGAGGAGACAAUGUGCUGUACCGAGAGCUAGCUCAAGAGCUCGUCCGCUGGGCGCAAGCGCCAAACAUCAAGAUAUUAUGCUCGGCACGGCCAUACAACGUCUUCCUGGACAUAUUCCGCCCUGCGGGCCCUAUGAUCGAGUUCCACACCCUGACCCGCAGCGACAUCGUCGAGUUUGCCAGAUGGAAGUUCGCGACGUCGCUUGAAGAGGAGAAUCUGUGCGAGGCCAGGGAAACUUGCCUCGAUUUGGUCGAGACCAUUGCCGAUAGGGCCGAAGGGGUUUUCCUGUGGGCCAGUAUAGCUGUGCGGUCGCUCUUGAAUAUCGCGUUCGAGGAUGCCGACGAGGAGUGUCUCCGCGAGACGUUGCGACUGUGCAGCUCUGAUCUGGAAACCCUGGUCGACCAGAUGCUGGAGAGGGUCGACCGCAGUGCCGUCAUCCGGGCGCGGUCCAACACUCUCCUCUACAUAGCGGUUCACAACCCCUACAACCAGCCACUGAACUCCUUGGUCUACUCGUGGCUGCACGACAUGAAGUGGUUCACGGAUCCCCUCUGCCAGUUCCCCUUUGACCGAGAACACAAGCCAUACACGGAGAGCGAGAUUGCAGCGCGGUUUGAGAGAACGAAAAGGCUGCUGCACCAACUAACCCAGGGCUUGCUCGAGCCGCGCGAAGUCCCAGACGCAUCGCCAUAUUUCCGGUACCGCGUCGACUUCUUCCACAGAUCGGUACGGGACCACCUCAGGGAAUCUUGGAACUCCGGAGCGCGCGCCAACCCAUUCGCAACCCACGCUGCCGAGGUCGAGGCCUACAGCCGGCUCCGGAGCGCCGAGACCACAUUUGUCAGCGUGCCCAACGGUCCCGUCGAGCACAAAAGCACAGUCGAGAUACUGCGCUCGCUCUUUGAGAAUACAUUCUGGUGGUUCAAUGACUGCGCGCACACCCACCCCGUCCCCUUCGACUGCCUGCAGCAGUUCGAGUAUGCGUCGCUGGGGCCCAGGAGGAAGCCGCACGCCACGCAGCUCGCCAUGAUAUCCGCGGUGCCGGCCACGCCGUGGACAGACGUGGCGUUCCUGGGCGUCAUGCUCGUCGGCGGCGAGCACUCGUGGCGGUGGCACACGACGAUCGGCAGGGGCUGCUCGUUCUUGCACUGGGCGGCGUACUGGCGGCAGGGCCACUACGUCAUCGAGCGGAUGGAGCGGGACCCCGGGCUGGAGCUUGACGACGACCACGGGCUCGACCUGCUCCUCAGCGCCUCGCUGGGCAGCGACGUGCGGCUGACACGAUACCUGCUCGACAAGGGCCGCCGCCCCGAGGGUAGGGCUGUGAUCUCCAUGUGGAGCGGGACCGUGAAGACGAUGACGACGACGACGUCGGUGUGGCUGGUCCUCCUGCGUGACUUUGCUAACAACGUGAACAACUACUGCUGGAAGCGCAAGUCGGGCGCGGCCUGGCCGCACCACCUGACGGUCGCGUGGCUCGAGCGGCUCGCGCAGAUCAUCGAGGCGUACCUCGGGCACGGGGCCCGGCGCGGCGUCGUGUUCCACGUGACCAACAAGAAGGGCGAGCUGUGCGUGGCCGGCCUGCCGGAGCUGCUCGAGACGUUCAAGCCCAGCAACCAGCUCUCGCUCGAGAGGCGGCUCCAGGAGGGCCCGGCCGCGGACCCGCUGGCGAGAGAGCGCUUUGCGAACCACCGCAAGGUCAGCGCGAACGACCUCCUUCGCGAGGUCUGGGUGAUGCGGGGGGUCGAGGUGGAUGGGGAGUCUCUCAUUUGCGAAUUCCUGGUGGAUGUCUUUUAG